AUGCCUUCUAAGCCCUCGGCAGCCCCCGAGCCCCCGGCCCCCGCGCGCCCCUCGCCCUCGUCGCCUGCCCAAUCUGGAAAGAGCCAUGCCUCACGCUCGCCCGCCGCCGCCAUCCUCAGGGCCACGGCCCUCAUGGCCGCGGCCGGCCUCGCCUCGACCGUCUCGCAGCUCAGCCUGUCUCCGGUCUACGGCAGCAUCCCCGCCGCCAUCUGGCAUCAGAAGAGCUUGAUGUUCACCGCGCUGGUCGUUCUGAUCAACAAGACCGUCUUCCAGCGCAUCUUCCCCGCCAAUGUUCACGUUUGGGUUCCCAUUGUGGCCUUCUGGACCCUCCCAGUCCAAAGCCUUGCCUUCCACUACAGUUCUGUCCUUGGCCCCGUCUACGGGCCCGUAGUCACUGAGCUCCUCACCUUCUUUCCCUUCCUCCUGCUGGCGCUGUACGCCGCCGUUUCUGCAUUGGACGUCCUAGAUCUCAGCUUGUUCAGCCCUGGCUUCGCCCAAGGCAUUCCGCCGCUGGCGUGCUAUACCACUUUCUCUACCGUCGAGAAGUUCGUCGCUGGAGCCCUGCCUGCUUAUAUGGGCUCCAAUGAAUUCUUUACAAGGUCUGGCUUGCAAUUAUUUGUGGCUGUUGUUUCUGCUUCUGUGGCUCCUUCUAAGUUCUUGGUGCUUGCCCUGCCCGCAAUUCUCCACACCGUUCGCUUCAACCCUCAUUUCCCCAGCGCCGUCACCACCGCUGUCUUGAACGAGACGCUCCACGCAAACCAGUACACGCUUCUGGAGCGUCGGGAAUCCUUGACCGGUUACGUUUCCGUUAUUGAGAGCCACGAGAACCAGUUCCGCUUGCUGCGCUGCGACCACAGUCUACUGGGCGGCGAGUGGCUCGUGAGCCCGGAGCGCCACGCCAUCGGACAGACGCAGCCCGAGAGCAUCUACACCGUCUUUACCAUGCUGGAGGCCGUGCGUCUCGUCAUCACCGGCGCCGUCAACAACCAGCGCCCCGACUCCGCCAAGAGCGCGCUCAACAUCGGUCUGGGCAUCGGUACCGCGCCGACGGCGCUCAUCAAGCACGGCAUCAACACAACCAUCGUCGAGCUCGACCCGGCCGUGCAUGCCAUGGCGACCAAGUACUUCGCGCUGCCGACCAAGCACACCGCCGUCCUGCGCGACGCCGUGGCCUACGUCGGCGAGACCGCCGCCUACGCCCCCGCCAGCUUCGACUACAUCAUCCACGACGUCUUCACCGGCGGCGCCGAGCCCACCGCCCUCUUCACCCUCGACUUCCUGCAGGGCCUGAAGACGCUGCUCCGCCCCGACGGCGUCGUCGCCAUCAACUACGCCGGCGACCUCCGCCUCGCCUCGACCCGCCUCGUCCUCAACACCAUCCACGCCGUCUUCCCCUCCUGCCGCAUCUUCCGCGACCAGGCCAAGGACGAGGCCGCCUCGGCAGACGAGAUGGACUUCAUCAACAUGAUCGUCUUCUGCCGCCCCUCCAAGACCCCCCUCCACUUCCGCCAGCCCGUCGACGCCGACUUCCUCGGCAGCAUGGUCCGCCGCCGCACCCUGUACCCCACCAAGGAGCUCGAGGUCGCGUUCACGCCCGACGACGGCGCGGACCUGCUCACCCCCGACACCGUCGGCGUGCUGGAGGAGGGCCACCGCGAGAGCGCCGUCAGCCACUGGCGCAUCAUGCGCACCGUGCUGCCCGACAAGAUCUGGGAGCUCUGGUGA